AUGCUCUCAAGGAGAGUCCUCGCGAUCCAGCAACUCCCUAUUCGUCCCCCUUCGACAUCGACACGACGCCCAUUCUUCCAACAAGCCGGCUACUCUACACGACCCGACGCUAAGUCCUCAUCCCAAUCCUCCGGCACGCAUUCCCAACCACCCAAAACCUCUCAUCUCCAAAAUGUCCCCUCCAAACCCGACAAGGAGGCCAAUCCAAGCCCCCUCUUCCGCCGCAUCCACAAGCUCAUCGGCCAGGUGCUCCCCUACUGGGUGCCCCGCGCCCCACGCAAACUUCAAUACGCUGGCAAACCCAUGGGUCCAGCGGCCUGGCGCCGCCUGAACAACCGCACGCGUCGACGCUGGGCGAAGAAAACCAACCGUGCGCGUCGCCGAUUGAGGGCCAAAAUCGAGGAGAUGAGGGCGAACCCUCCUUUUCAGGUGUCUAAAUUGUUGCUGGAUCUGGAUAGCAUCAACUGUCCUGGAGUGAGGCCUUAUACGGAGGAGGACGAGAGGAUGCUGACGGAGCAGUGGAGGUCUACACCGAGCAUGGAUGCCCUUUAUCAGAGGAUGUGUGCCCUGAAAAAGGAGAUCGAGCAGGCCAAGUUCAGGUGGAAUGCCCCGUUGUUCCCGCACGAUACGAGGAGGGUGACGGAAAGGGAUGUCCUCGCCGUUGCGUUGCUCGGUGUACCCGCCCCGGUGAAGACUGCUGGGGAUGAGACUGCUGCGCUGCAGGAACCCCCACUGGGGUAUUUCGACUCGCAGGCUGCAUGGUCGAUUGGCUUGCCCCCACGGAUCACGGAGGACAUUCACCAUACUACGCACAUGCUGCUUCACCGGCUACGAAUUCAACCUAAGCUGGAAGCAGAAAAGAUGGACACGCCUAACGGGCUGCGUCGCUCACUCGACCGUGUGUUCAGAGUGGAAGACAAGCUGGAAACAAUCCAACGCCUGGUCGCCCCGCUGUUGCAGCAACCCUGGGGAAGACAGCUCGUGCACGGGUAUAAGGAUGUCAUAGUUGGGCUCUGUGCGGGAGGAUUGGAGAAGGAAAGCCGGCAGCAGGCGUGGCGUGCGUAUUGGUUCUUGCAGAAUAUCUCGGCAGCGUUGGAAGCCGAUGGGUUGGGGCUGGAGUUGGAGGGGUAUGCCCAGAUUAGGAGAGUGAGGGAGAGGUUGACUAGGGAAGAGCUGGCUCUGGAGAUGGGGGAUAAGAGGUGA